GUUUCAUUAAAACUACUUAAAAUUGUCUCUAUGCUUUCGUUAUUACUAUUGCUGAUUUAAAUAUACCUUUAAUACUGCUAUGGAUAAUAGAAAGAGUAAUUCUAUAUAUUGCUGCUCAUUUUGGUGUCUCUAAGAUUAGUUUGUGCUUGUCUCUCAUUUUUGAUUUUGAAAUAAAAGAGGAUGAAAGAUUAUUUAAAAUAAUUUGUAUUAAUAUUAUUAACAAAUGAAUUAUUUGCAUUAGUAAUUGAAAAAUGUAAAAAUGAUGUAAAGAAAUGUGCUAAAGGAUUUAUUUUUUAACAAUAUUUUUACUCACUGCCAACUUUAUUUAUUAAUUAAGGUAUAAUUGCAUAAAAUUUAGUAGAAAAUAACCAAUAUAUAAUUGGAUUUUAUCUGGUUAAUCUAGUCAAUUUACUCAUAUUAUCUUUCUGUAAUCUAGUCUCAAUAGAAACUUAAACGAUAAAUUAAACAAAAAAAUUUAAUUUAUCAUAGUAUCUUCAAGGUGUAAUUAGACCAUUUUUAUUUUGGUAUUUAUUUUCUUAAAUGGUGUAUUUAAGCUUUAUUUUAACUAUCGUUUGGGUUUCUGUUCAAAUUCUAUUAGGUAUUUUAAUUUCAUCUGCCAAAAGUAACAUUGAGUAAUAGGGAGAGUAUUUUGUUAGCUUUGUUUUGUAAUUAGAUUUUAAUUUUAUUCCAAUACAAACUAUAUUUUGCUAAAAAGUUGAAAAAAAUGCAUAAAUAGCUUUAAAGAAUCAGUUCUAUUGUUAAGAUUGGAGUGAUGUAUUUUAUAACUUGAUGCUUUAGCUAAAUUUAGCGGUUUUUUUAGUGUUCAAAGUUUUGUUUGAUUUUAAAAAGACAAAAUUAGAGUGCUUAAUUUGUAUUUUGUACAUUUUUAUACUUCCUAAUUUGAUAAAUUCAAUAAUUUCAAUUUACUGCCAAGCCUUAUAAAUAAAAAACUAUAAUAAAAUUAUAACUUGGCCAUAUGGUAAUUUGAAACUUAGUAAAACUGUUAGCUACUUAAGCAAGAAUUUAAUUAAUGAAGGAAAAAUAUACAUUAAUAUGGAAGAAGUAAAGAUAGGCGUGAAUAAUUUGGUUUUAGAUCAAUAUCAAAACAGGUACUUUAAUUAAAGAUAUACUAAAAGUUAUCAAUAAGAAAGCAUGCAUUUAUUAUGGAUAAUGGAAAAUGAGUUCUUUAAUGAUUUGAAAGAAAUAAAAUCUGCAUUAAUUAAUUCAUAAUUUGGGAGAUUUAAAAACCUUCUCAUACACUUUUUUGAUUAAUCACAAAACAUACAAGUUAUUAUCUUAGUUGAUUAAAACCAAAAACAGAAUUAUAAGAUUGUCUUUAAGCCUGGAUAUGAUAGAAAAUUUGCAAUAGAGUUAAUGGAUAUCAUUCAGUAUAUUUUAAAUCCUGGUAAUCCAAUAACAGUUUAAGCUUAAGAGAGUGAUUUGGCAGAUUUACGCAUUAAAAGCAUAAGAUUCGAAAGAGAUAUUAUUAUAUAAAAUAUUUAGCACAAAAAACUAAUAGAAAAUAUAUUGUCUAAUAACUUUUAAUCUUUAGUAUUUUACAAGCAUAUAGCAGAAUAUAUGCCAAUAAACCCAUCAUUAGUCUUAUAUGAUCUUAUUGAAGAAGGCAAUGGUUAAAAUUGAAACCUUUAUUUGUAAAUGGUCAAGUAUUUCAUUAAAUUUAAGUUAAAUUAUUUAAAAAAACUGUAAUAAAGCUAUUUAAAAUUUCAUUUUUUAAAAGCAAUUGAGUUGUAAAAUCAUUUUGACGAUAUAUACACGUAUCUAUUAUUUUUAAUUAAAAUUGACUUAAUUCAUUU